UGUACCGACUGUGUCUUUUUCGCCGACAUGAUGUACAAAUUCGCAUUGUUAGCUCUUUGUUUGGGACUGGUGAAUGGCGUGGUUUAUAAAAGGACAUCUCCGGACCCGCAGGACAUCAGUGAGACCCUCGCAGCAAGAGUGGCACAAGGUCAAGUCACUUUAAAUGAAAUGUUCAGGGAAGUUGAGAAACUGAUGGAGGAUACGCAGCAGAAACUGGAGGAGGCUGUUCAACAGAUGGACAACGAGACAGCCAGAUCCAUGUCAAAUGCACAUGGUCUACCGCUAAAUUACCACAACGAGACCAGCACAAUGGAAAUACUGGGAAACCAGACCAUUCACACAAUUGAAAAAAUUGACAAGGAAACAGACAAUGAAACAGGAGGGGUUUACUUCUCAAGAACCUGGAUCCAAACCAGCGGCCAGUGGAAUGAAGCAGAUCACGAGUGUUUGAUCGAUGAAGACUGUGGGAAAGACAGCUAUUGCUUUUAUGAAAUCCUAACGUCCAAAUGCAUGCCCUGCAAAGCUGGAAACAUGAUCUGCACUAAAGACGAGGAGUGUUGUGGAGAUCAGCUGUGUGUGUGGGGAAUGUGUGCCCAGAACAGAACCAAAGGACAGUCAGGCACAAUCUGCCAAUACCAGAGUGACUGCAGUCCACAGCACUGCUGUGCUUUCCAUAAAGCUCUGCUCUUCCCAGUGUGUCGGCCCAGGCCUCAGAAGCGGCAGCCAUGCCAAGGUCACCCUAACAUGCUGAUGGAGCUGUUGCUAUGGGAUGUGGAAGGGCCCCGGGAAAACUGUCCCUGUACUGCCGGUCUGCAGUGUCUGUCAGUCGGGAAAGAAUCUCUCUGCAUGGACGAGAAGAGUUCAGUGGGUGAGAACUGAUCCGUGGGGUUCUGAUAAGGACUAAAGCUGAUACUGUAAUCUUUCAUUUAAACCCCUGUGUCUCUCAUUAAAAAUAACCCAUAAAACAAAAAACAGCGGAUACAUGUCCAUAUCGAAUGUAAUGUCAUUUGAUGUACUGACAUGUAGUCAUUGGUAUUUUUGUUUGCAAAUAUUUACAAAUAAUCAUGAUUGACCUGGUCUCAGUAAAUACAUAAAAAAACAGAUACAACAAAAAAUGAAGACCCAAACAGAGCCUCUUUUGUAUUUAGAUUAUGAGGAACAUGACGGCAGAGUCAAAUAGUCUCUGGACUGUUUUUUUUUUUUUUCCAUUGGACUUUAAGCAGAUGAUUCUGACUUUGCCCUGAGAAAUGUGUCCCCCCUCUGCCUGCCAAAAAAAAAGCCCAGAUGCUCUCAAGCAUAUCCAAUAGGUGGCAGUGUUCUACAAAUUGUCAGUCCAUCUGUGUGGUGUGAACAGGAAGGGUACUUGGUUGUAUCUGUACGUAGCCAGUUUUUUAAUGAGGUGUUUUCUUGUUACUCUCCUUUUGUAUAAAC